CCCGACAGGAUCUGCGAGCGAUUCCCAAAUCUCGGAGCAUCUGCAGCCUGAGGAACGACCACCGUCGAGGUCGGGAAGCCGUCGUCCCUCGAAGCGACCGUCCAAGGGAGGCGGCUCUCCGAUGGCUCAUAACCCCUCAAUAUCGGUAAGCGUUCCCGUGCAGGCGCCUCCCCCUCUGACGGAUGCCCAGCUCCUAGAAGCCAAACUCCUCGCGGAGCGACACUUGAAGCCACGUCACACUGGAUACGACACCAAUCCGGACGAUGGCCAUAAUUCGCUGUGCAUGUUCAUUCUCACCGUGGUCUCGAUAUUUUUCAUCGUCAUCACGGCGCCGAUUUCGCUCUUGAUGUGUAUAAAAAUCGUACAGGAGUACGAGCGUUCGGUGAUUUUCCGAUUGGGCCGAAUCCUCAAGGGAGGCGCCCGCGGACCAGGUCUCUUCUUCAUAAUCCCCUGCAUUGACAACUAUACGAAAGUCGAUCUUCGAACUGUAUCCUUCGAUGUCCCUCCUCAAGAAAUCUUGACUCGCGACUCGGUGACGGUGGCUGUGGACGCGGUGGUGUACUAUCGCAUCCAACACGCCACCAUCGCCGUGACGAACGUGGAAGACUACGGUCGUUCCACGAGGCUCCUGGCUGCCACAACACUACGGAACGUGCUCGGCACCAAGGACCUUUCUCAGAUUCUCUCAGAACGAGAGUCUAUUUCGCAUAUUAUGCAACUCAGUCUCGACGACGCCACCGAUUCGUGGGGUGUGAAGGUGGAGCGGGUAGAAAUCAAAGACGUCAGGCUGCCCGUACAGAUGCAGAGGGCGAUGGCCGCCGAGGCCGAAGCGUCACGAGAGGCUCGAGCAAAGGUCAUCGGCGCUGACGGAGAGAAGCUAGCGGCCCGAUCGUUGAAAGAGGCCGCUGAUAUCAUUUCGGAAUCAAAGGGAGCCCUGCAACUCCGCUACCUGCAAACGCUGGCCAGCAUCGCUGCUGAGAAGAAUUCCACGAUCGUCUUCCCACUGCCGCUUGAACUUUUCCGAGGUUUAAGUCGAACCGACGAAGAAUAA